UAUAUAAUUAUUAUUUUAUUAUUUCAUAAUAUGAAAAAACAUAAAAUAAGUAAUAAAUAUAAAAUAUUUAUUCUGCACAAGGCGCAAAUCUUAACCAAACUAUGAUUCUAUUUAAUAAUUUUAAAUUUUAAAUAUUUUCUAAAUCUCAGGCCAAAAAAUAUAACGAAUGAGAAUAAACUCAAAAAUCAAUAUUUAUAUCGAACAAUAACCAAAAUGAAAAAAAUGACACAAAAUGAGAAAAACAUUGAAUAUAAACGUAAACUUCUCAUAACCAUAAUUAACUUUUAAAUUGCUAAAUCAUGAUAUAAAAUCGAGCUGGCAUAGUUUCAUUGUAAUCAAAUAAUAGGCCUUAGAUUCUUUGGCCUAAGCGUUAGAUUCUUAUGCGAUAAGUGAUUUUUUGACCUAAAAUAUUUUUAAAAAUAAGAUCAACUCAUCAGUAAACAAAUUAUGUAAUUAACAAAAUAAUUUUAAAAAAAUGUUUAAAGACCAAAAAUAUUAAUUCGAUCAAUAAUAUAAAUUUUAUUUUUCUAUACGAUAUUUUUUAAAUAAUUUUCAUAUAAAUCCACUUUGCACAAUGCACAAUGCCCAUAUCUUAUCCUAGUUUAUCUCUAUUUGAAUAGUAAUAGGAGGAAAUAAAAAUAAACAUAUUUUUACCUGAUUGGGAAUUGUUGGAGUAACUGUUUUCUCUCUUUUAAUUUUUACUAAAGUUACAACCAAUCACACUCUUUUAUUAACUGUUUCCACUUUUCGUUUUCGAGUUGUAGUCUUGGAGAAGGUAACAAGUUCUCUCUCAUUGUUGAUUUAUUUCUGAUAAGUUUCUGCUGGGAAAGGAAGACACUUGAAAGAGUUGUUAACCUUAUCUAGUUGAGAUUAUAAUGUUUAGUGUUUUUGUUGCGUUUAGUGAACUAAGCUUGUCGUCUCACUGUAAUGUCUUUGUUUUUUUUUUUUCUGGCCAGAGGAGGAAAUUGAAAGAUGAAAACUUGCUCGCUUUUCAAGACAGCAGCCGCCGCAUCAGCCGUUACUGUGAUGGCUGGUUCUGGGGCUAUGCUGGCCAACUCCUUUAAAUCAAGAAGAGAGAUGCAAGAGUACCUUUGGGGUCUUGUUGCCGAUGCUCGGAGAUACUGUUCGACCGAUAUGACUAUGGUCAUAACCGAAGUUUGCGGAGACCAACCGAACAAGGUUUUCCAAGAUGCAAAAGUGUACAUAUCCAAGCACGUAUCCACCAGAAUGUCUUCUUCAAUCCGUGUCUUCAAGCAUGAGAAGGAUGUCAACUUAACAUUCACCGUGGAAGAGGAGGACAAUGUAUUCACCCACACUUUCCAGGGAGUCGAGCUCCGUUGGAUCCUCCGCUGCCACCAAAUCGACGGUACAAAGUUCCGUUAUUACGAGCUCACCUUCCCCAAGAAAGCCAAGGAAAUGGUCAUCCGCUCUUACUUGCCUUUUGUCUCCCGUGAAGCUGCAAGGCAAAGGGUGAAGACACGUAAGCUCUUCUAUAUCGAUGAAGCAGAGAAAUGGACGUCUGUGACUUUCAACCAUCCCUCGACUUGGAUCGAUUUGUGGAGAAAGGUACCACGUAUAAUAGAGGAUAUCUGUUGUGUGGUCCUACUGGGACAGGAAAGUCAAGUCUGGUCGCUGCCAUGGCAAACUAUCUCAAGGCUGAUGUGUAUGACUUAGACUUGAGUCAAGUUAGCAGCAGUUCUCAACUUCAGACGUUGCUCAUGGAAACAACCAACACUUCCAUCAUACUUGUGGAGGAUAUAGAUUGUUUGCCAGAGUUCAAGAAAAGGAGUUUUAAGAAAGUUGAUGAAACUAAGGUACCAAUUCCCACUCCUUUUAAAGUUUUAUUAAAACCCUUUUCAUCAAUCAAUAGUUUGUAGAAAUAGAUGAUAGAGCCAAAUCGUAGUUCGUCUUCACACUAGAGAUUGAUGUUCAUAAAACAACUAUCUCUUCUCAAAAGUCGAAGAUAUUGAAAGAGAAUCAAUCUUCAAAUUGAAUGAGAGAAAAUGUAUACAGAGUUUUCCGAGAAAAUGAGAAAUAUUAUACAAAUUGACUGAAUGAAUCUAACAGACGUUUGUUACAGAGCUUUAAACAAGUUGUUAGCUCGUAACAAACUCAAAUGAUCUCGGACGUCCACGUGUCUUUAUUCUCUUUCUCUCUUAUUUCGAAUUUUCCCUCCUCUUUAUUUGAUUCUCCACCCUACACGUGUACCACUAUGAUCUCAUGUCAAUGAGUAACUCAUUGACAGGAGAUCAAUGAGUUAUCCUCAGAAAACAUGUUUUCAAACCUCUCAAUGAGUAACUCACGACAUCUCAUCUAAUUAGUCAACAGAUCUGACCCAGAUUCAGAUUGCAAGAUCGCUUAGUGCCAAGUUGAAGCUGGACUAUCGAAAUGAAUUGAUGAUAAUCUCACUUUCAAAUCAUCAGGAGUAUUAUCAAUCGCAAAAUAUUCUUCAACCUUAAAGAACCAAUCUCUGAUCUUAUCACCGUUGAAUCGAGGAAAUCCAAACGCCCCAAUCUCGUCAUUCCAGUAUAGUGUGGAUUCAUACCAGAUCUCGCCGGACGAGGAUGAUCGGAGCUCAGAUUGUUGAUUUCCUGAUUCGCCGACGCUCUCGGUGUCGUAUCGCGUUGAGAACGCUUGAUACUGUUGAUCGCCUUCUCUGUCUUCUCCGUAAUAAACUUGAUCGCCUCAAACAUUAGCGCGGCAUUCUUAUGGAUCUUGUUGUUCUGCUCAGCGAUCGAUUCCUCCAUCUUCUCUAACUGUGAACCGAUAGCCUCCGUUGUUUCCUUAACCACCGCGUCCUUCAACGAUUGCUGUGAUCUUGUUUCUGCCAUGUUUUCCGAGGAUGACGAAGCUCUGAUACCUUUGAUAGAGCCAAAUCGUAGUUCAUCUUCACACUAGAGAUUGAUGUUCAUAAAAAAACUAUCUCUUCUCAAAACUUGAAGAUAUCGAAAGAGAAUCAAUCUUCGAACUGAAUGAGAGAAAAUGUAUACAGAGUUUUCCGAGAAAAUGAGAAAGAUUAUACAAAUUGACUGAAUGAAUCUAACAGAUGUUUGUUACAGAGCUUUAAGCAAGUUGUUAGCUCGUAACAAACUCAAAUGAUCUCGGACGUCCACGUGUCUUUAUCCUCUUUCUCUCUUAUUUCGAAUUUUCUCUCCUCUUUAUUUGAUUCUCCACCCUACACGUGUACCACUAUGAUCUCUAGUAUCAAUAGACUUAUAGAUACAUUCAUUGGAUUUGAUUUGAUCUGAUUGAUAUAUUAUUCUCUAUGGGCUCUUCUUGAUAAGGCAACCCUCUCGGGCUUUCUCGACUUUAUGGAUCGGGGCUGCUCAAACUGUGGUGACCAGAGAAUCAUUGUCUUCACAGCAACCAACAAAGAGAAGCUUGGAUCAGCAUUCCUGAGGGAAAGAGGCAUAGAUGUUCAUAUCCACAUGCCUUACUGCACACCUGACGCCUUUGAAAUCCUGGCCUCCAACUAUCUCAGCAUCACUACCCACAAGCUCUUCAGUGAGAUCAAAGAAUCGAUUCUGCAAACUGAAGUUACCCCUGGCGAGGUUGCUGAACAAUUGUUGGGUUGUGGGUCUGUCAACAAAGUUCUUGAAACACUAGUUGAGUUCUUGGCAGCCAAGAAAGGAAAAGCUCAGGA